CUCUCUUCUCUCUCUCAAUCUCUCUCUCUCUCUGCUCUUUCACUCUCUCCUCUCUCUCUCUCUUCUCUCACUUACUCUCUUUACACAAGACAGCUUUGGGAGGUAGCUGGCACUGUGUAUGUAGAAGGAUGUCUCCAACAACACUUGGACUCGGCUUGUUCUUCAUCUUAUUUCCACCUCAUGUAAAGUGUGCAGAGUUUCAUCAGUCUCCUUCCCUGACAGUGAAGGAAAGAGACCGCGUGGAGGUCCACUGUAGCCACAAUGACAAUAACCUGGUGGUGAUGCUGUGGUACCAACAGAAACAGGCCAGUCCUGCUAUGACUCUGAUAGGGUACGGUUACAGCGCCACAGAGCCUAACUACGAGGGUCUGUUCAAGGAGAGGUUUCAGCUGAAGAGAGAGGACACCCUGAAGGGAUCUCUGGUCAUCUCCAACCUAACAUCAGCAGACUCUGCUGUGUAUUUCUGCGCAGCCAGUCACACAAGCGGCGGUGCCAGCCAGGCUUACUUCGGUGGAGGAACCAGGUUAACUGUCCUAGAGCCAGACAUCCCUGUCACUCCACCCAAAGUCAAAGUCCUUCCACCCUCCACUAAGGAGUGUGAAGAUAGAAACAAGAAGAAGAAGAAGACGUUGGUGUGUGUGGCCACCGACUUCUACCCCGACCACGUCACUGUGUUCUGGCAGUUAAAUGGAGGCGCCAACAUCACCGAUGGAGUUGGGACCGACAACACGGCCUUGAGGGAUGGAAACAGACGUUACAGUAUCACCAGCAGACUGAGAGUCCUAGCCAAGAAAUGGAACAAGGCCUCUAACAGAUUCACCUGCACCGUCCGCUUCUUCAAUGGGAACGAUGACAUCUAUGUUGCAGAUCACAUUAACGGAGAAGAAGGUCAAGGUGGUGAUGGAGAGAUGACGACAGAGGACUAUGUGAUGAGCACCAAGACUGCCAAGCUGGCCUACAGCAUCUUCAUCGCUAAGAGUACCUUCUACGGCCUGGUCGUCAUGGCUCUGAUUUGGAGGCUUCAGCGCUCCUCAGAUAAACAGAUGUAAUUGAUCCCUGACCGAGACCCGGCCACCCGUGGAAGCUGAGCUCGGUGGACUGGAGGGCUUCAUGUGUGGCAUAAGGCUCUGGUGAAAAGUAGUGCACUAUAAAGUAGUUCACUAUAAAGGGAAUAGGGUGCCAUUUGGGACAGAGAACAUACCCAUGUCUAUCAUGUGAUUACAAUGUACAGUGUGCUGUCUAUUAACUGUCACUUACUAUACAAUGUGAGGAUGUAUUUUAUCAUCCCCAAUAAACAGAAUCAUUAUUAAUGUAUUCACUGAGUGUACAAAACAUUAAGAACACCUUCCUCAUUUUGAGUUGCCCUCAGAACAGCCUCAAUUCGUUGGGGCAUGGACUCUACAAGGUGUCGAAAGCGUUCCACAGGGAUGCUGGUCCAUGUUGACUCCAAUGCUUCCCACAGUUGUGUCAUGUUGGCUGGAUGUCCUUUGGCUGGUGGACCAUUCUUGAUACGCACGGGAAACUGUUGAUCGUGAAAAACCCAGCAGCGUUGCAGUUCUUGACACAACCAGUGUGCCUGGCACCUACUACCAUACCCCCGUUCAAAGGCACUUAAAUAUUUUGUCUUGCCCAUUCACCCUCUAAAUUGCACAUAUACACAAUCCAUGUCUCAAUUGUCUCAAGAUUUAAAAUCCUUCUUUAACCCGUCUCCUCCACUUCAUCUACACUGAUUGAAGUGGAUUUAUUAACAAGUGGGAUCCUAGCUUUCACCUGAAUUCACCUGGCCAAUUUAUGUCAUGGAAAGAGCCGGUGUUCCUAAUGUUUUGUCCACUCAGUGUAUAUGAGUUAAUUCAGGAAGUGUGACAAUUAUUAUUAUAAUUUUUUUUUCCAUUAACUUACAAAACCAACGUUUAUGUUAAUUUUUGUAUUAUUUUUGUUGCAGGAAUUACAUCAUAGUGUGUACAGUAUAAAUACAUGUUGCUUCCAAUUUCAAUGUUUCCCUUAUGAAUAACGCAUUCAAUAAUGUGCAUAUAGCAUCGUCCGGGUUUGGCCCCGAAAGGCCGGCAUUGUAAAUAAGAAUUUGUUUUUAAUUGACUUGCCUCAUUAAAUUAAGGUUAAAUAAACAACAUAUAUAAUUAGUCUCCUCAAGUGUCAUUUUAUCAGUCUGAGUUGUCAGGUAACACUUUCCUUUAGCACUUUGUGACAUCUGCUAUAGUUUAAAAAAAUGGCUUUCUAAAAUACAUUGGGUUGAUUUUCAUCAUCAGUUGUUACUAUAUACUCACCUGUUACUCAAUAAAAAAAAGUUGGAAAUGUGAA